UCACAUUCACGUGUUGAUUGCAUUGAAGACACAUUUUAUACAAAAAUAUUAAUUUAUUGGACUCAUAAUAUAUCAAUUUAAAUAUAGUAAUGGGCAAAAAACGCAAGUUUUCUGGAACGGAAAUCAAUACAAACAAUUUACAACCGUUAAAAUCAUCUCCAGUCGAAGUUAUAGUAGAAGAUGUAACAACACAUCCCUUGUGUCUACAUGGACCGACUUUAUUAUUUGCAAGUGAAAAGGGGAGAUAUUUUGCAUGCGCUUCUUGUAGAGAUAAAAAAGACUGUACAGUGAACAUUGAUGAAGAAGAUUGGAAGAAGGAAGGGGUUAGAAAACGGAAUGAAAAGUACUAUAACCUCAUACCAAAAAUUGACAAACAGGCGGCUUGGAAUAACUUAAAAGAGGUGAAAUCGCGACAUCCAUCUGAUCGAGCUUAUUGUCACACAUGCAAGGAACUCUACAUAAUAUCUCAAUCUAAGAAACACAGAGGGGAUCACAGAAUCACCACCCCAUUGACUGAGGAAUUACUCAAUAACCCCUCCUCAUGGUUACCGACUCUGGAAAAUGACUACAGAGAAGCUCAGUACUUGUUCACUAAGAAGGCUGUCAGCACUGUUCUAGGAAUACUGAAGAACAACAAAAUUAGUAAUAUACUAUGCAUUGGCACACCAUCAAUCCAUGAAGCGGCUCAAGCUCACCCAGACUUCAACUCCAUACUUCUAGACUAUGACUCCCGUCACCACCAGUUCUACGAGCCCACAAAGUUUCUGUGGUACAAUAUGUUCAACAACUAUCUGUUUAACAGAAAUAUGGAUGAAAAAGUGCUGACAAAGUUCUUUAAGGCAUCUAAAAAUAAAAACCUCUGUAUAGUCAUGGACCCUCCUUUUGGAGGGCGAGUGGAGCCGUUAGUGCAUACUAUUCAACAAUUAUCGGCGACCUACAACAAAGUCUGUGAGACAGAAGGCACUCUACCAGUUAUAUGGGCGUUCCCGUAUUUUUCGGAACCAUACAUUAAGAAUAUGAUGCCGGAAAUUAAGAUGCAUGAUUAUCAGGUCGAAUAUCAGAACCACAAAAAGUUCCAAAACAGCAAAGGUGGCCGUAAGUUCGGUUCACCAGUGCGUUUCUUCACCAAUCUCCCAUUGAUCACCAUCAACCUCUCCGACGAUAGCAGUUACAAGUACUGCGACAAAUGCAAAUACUGGGUUGCCACAUCGAAUAUUCACUGUAAUAAGUGCAAAGAGUGCACCAGCAAGAACGGCAUGAGAUACGUGCACUGCGACUUGUGCAAGCGGUGUGUCAAGCCCACGUAUAAACACUGUAAAGUGUGUGAACGAUGUUGCCAAACGGAACACAAGUGUGGUGUCGUUGUACAGUCACAGUCAUGUUACAAUUGUAAUGAAAGAGGACACAAGAAAUCAGAUUGUCCACGAAAGGAAGUUGUUAGCGAUAAAAAACGAAAAGUGAAGUAAACUAUAUAUUUUAAUAUAACUUUGUUAUAAUA